CCCCGAGUCAACAACAAUGAAACACCAUAAGACUUAGUCUCAAUCACCGACCGACACAGACACAAAUCCUCCUUCCCAUCCCCAGACGGUCCGGCCCCCUCACUUAUCGUCAAAGCCCGUUGCGAUGCUGGCCAUCCGCCCCUGCCCCAGCAUCUGCACAUGCACAACACACAUGUUCACACAUUCGAACAUUGCGACUUGCUGACCCCAGAGUCUCUCCGCCAGUAUUCGUCUCUGCGUUUCUUUAGCGCCAGGUAGUCCUUGACGACGAUCAACAUGCGAGGCUGCAGGGUUUCUCCUGCUCUGUACCGACGGUAGAACUGCUGGAUGGUACACGCACACUGCAGACAUACAUACACCCGAUCGGGCGAGACACACGUGAAUGCAGGGAGGGAAGGGAGGAGGCAGCCGUGCGUUGGUCGUGUGGACCUACCUGGUUGAGCCUGUUCAUGUGUAGUUUGGUCUCUGCGACUUGUUUGUUGAUGGACCGGCUCUGACGCUUCACCACCCUCUCGGCUUCCUCAAGCUCGUCGAGGUGGCGCAACAAUCUGCACGUGCACGCAAAUAUACACAAAAGUACAUCUCCACAUAUGCAUGAUGGCGCCCUCCCUCCCUCCUUCCUUCACCCCUCGAGUGCUCUAUUGGGGAGUCCAAUAGACGGCAGAAUCUCCACAACCGGCUCUACGUCACUCGGCUCCUCUUCCCCCGUUCGCCCCUGCUUCUGGCAGACCAUGCACAGCACAGGUCUGCCUAUCUCCUGCCCAUCGGCGGACAGCAGCGGCCGCAGGCAGUCGAUGCAGAUCGUGUGGCCGCAUGGCUGCAGCGUGUACGGCAUGCGCAUGGGCUUCUCGCAGGCAGGGCACAGCAGAUGCCUUCGGAGGUGAACGCUCUCGCCCUCAAAGCCGUCACACAAAACCUUGACGUCCUCGUGCAGCUCCCUGAGGGCGUCUUGCCAGUCUCUGAUUGCCGCGGAAUAUGCUAUGUUGCUCACGGCUGCCUCGGCGUCUCUUGCGUUGGCCCAGCUCUGCAGCUGGUUUAUCCGGUCUUGCAUCACCAUUUGCAGCUUCCUCAGUGAGCUCCACUCGUUGACAGCUAUGGCGAGCUGUGAUUCCAUUGAGACAUGGGCCUUUUUGGCACUGGUGAGGUCGGCGUGGGUUUUCUUCAGGUCUUGCCGCGUGUCGAACAGCUUCCUCUCCUGUUUGUCGUACUCGCGCUUGGCAAUCACUGCCUCACGCUGUAAGCUGCACCCAGCCAGGGAGGAAAUGAGCAACACAGACAGACGAGGAAGGCGAGAGAGGCUCAUGUCUGCUUCCCGGUUUGGUGGCCCCGCCCUCUUCCCCUAGCGUACGCCGUGAUUCGUCCUUCGAGAGCUGCGACUCUCAUCUCGUGUUCCUCUCUUUCCCUAGAAGCGACAGCCAACUCUUCCGUCAUCCGUGCCUCCCGCUCCUCCCGCUCUUUCAGCUCCAUCGCCCGUCGCACAUCCUCUGCGUCACGAGCCCUCAACUCCGCCUCGAGCUGCUCUUUCGUCGGACCGGCCAGACCUUUUCCUUUCUCUGAAGAAGGAAGAAAGAAGUGUCAUAGACUCGCGAAGGGUCUCGUCACUGUUGCAGCGUACGUGGGGUCUUCUGCCUUUUGCGUCCGAUGGCUUUGGCUGUGGGCGCGAGUGCUGCUGCUGGGGCGGGGGUUGCGGGCGCUUCUGCUGGUGUGGGUGUCUCAACCUCGUCCUUGGUCUCUGGAGUACGGAUCUUGUCCUUCUCUUUGUCUCUGUCCUUCUUUUCCUUUGCCGCAGGCCACGCUGGCCGACUGCGGGCAGACGGCUCUCGGGAUGGCACAUUUGCUUCGCUUGGCGGGGGCGGGAUGUGAUAGUCUUCGUCGGUCUGCACACCAGCUGCCUUCAGAUCGACGGGCGGCUCAUCCUGACGAGACGGCGCUGUUGGUGGAGGGGUGACGUCAGCAGCUGACGCAGGGACAGCAGCCACCCUGCAAAGCACACAUACAUCCACAGAUAAAUGUGUGACAUUGGUUCUCUCAAGCUUGUCUUUCGUUCAUGCAUACUCGUCUGGCUCCACUUCCUCUGGCUCUAUUUGCUCCUCCAUUCUCUCCAUGGGGCUGGGUGUCAUCGAUGUGGAUCUCUCGAGCUGCCGUGGCGUCAUGCUUGUUGCCCUCUCUGUCAGAGACACAGGAGGUGCCUCUACUGGCUCAGCAACGGGAAGAGGAACAGGCUCGGCACUUGCCUCCGGCAAUGCCGGUCGUUCCGGUGGCGGCUUCCUGACAGCAGCUGGAGGCGCUUUGCGGGCGGCAGGAGGGGGCUCUUUCUUGGCUUGCUUGGGUGGUCUCCUCUUCCUUCGCACCUCCGGCAGCGGCAAGGCUUUCGGCUCCGGGCGCUCCCCUAUCAGUCCCGCCCAGCCUUUGAAUUCCUUCUUGGCUGCCUUUUCCCUCUCACGUGCCUUGGCCUUGACAGCGUCCAGUGUGGCCUUGCGCUUGAGUAUCUUCAUCCUCUCAUCCCGGGACAGCACAUCCAAAGCGCCACCCGUGACAGCAUACUUCAUCUUCAGCUCGUCAAGCUGCGCGGCCAGCCGGGUGUUGGCCUGCGUCAUCGAAACACAACGGGUGAAAACUGACCGGGUUCGAUGUGGCUGGAUGUGUGUGUGUGUGUACCAGCCGUAGCGCCCUGUUGAUGGAUUGCAACGAGUAGACCUUGGUGCGCGCUUCCGACGCCUCACGGACCCUGGCUUGCAUUCGUAGCAUUUGCUCACGGUACUUCUCGGCGAGCUAGACAUGGAGGCGAUAAAGGAGAGGCAUGUGUGGGAUGCAAAGCCUCCUCUAUCGCGUACCUUUUUCUCAAGCUGCUCCAGCUGCACAGCGGGACACACGACACAGAAAGGCAACCAAUGCGACAUCGACCAGGGUAGUACCAUAAAUGGCCACCCUCUUACUUCGCGUUGUAUGUUCAACUCUCUUCUGCUAGGAGACACUUCUUCCUGUCCUUCGCGAGCCUUUCGUAGGAACUCGCCCAUGAAGCUCUCACCCAGCUGAUCCACACGCUCGAUCCAGCCGUCGUCGUCUUCUUGCUCCGAUUGGACGGAGCUGUCCCUCCCUUGUGAGUGUGUGCCAACCCGUGACCAGGAGCUUGGCGGCCGCACCCGCAGUUCGGUCCGCUGCGACAGGAAAAACGAGCUCUUCUCGCCUUGGGGCGAUUCUGCUGCUGCUGUUGCUGUUUUCGGCUGCUGCAUCAUGGUGACGAUUCGGCCGUCGCUGAGUUGUGUCUGCAUCAGUCGGGUGGUCUCCUGCCGCUGCAUCGCCGGCUGCUUCACAGCGUCCAUCGGAAUUAAUUUCACCUGGCCGUACAGAGAUUCACGCAGGCUGGGCUUCCUCUUCCCAGCAGUCCUCUCAGCAGGAGAGGGGAGAGGGGUGGCGGCCUCAAGCGUUUUCAUGGGUGCGGGUUGGCCCGAGAGAAUCGGGGGAAGGUCAGGCUUCUUCUUCGAGAGCGGCGGCGGCGGUGGUGGUGGAGGUGGUGGAAAUGUGGGCUGUAAUGCACUCGGAAAGAGAUCGAUGCCCAGCGGCACCUCACUCGGCCGCACAUAUCCAAGGGGACCAGACGGCUCUUUCUUCAUCACCGGUUGACGGCCCAACAUCUCGGGCGGCCUCUGUGGCGUCUCAGGCGGCGUCACCAUGAUGGCUGGUUGAGGAGUGGUUGGCAUACUCGACUCUUCACGCCCGGGCUCAGACGAGACAGCACUGAUCGCCGGUGUCGCCAGUAAGAGGCCGCCGCCCUCAUCAGAUGCCCUCCUCAGCCUAGCCACAAAGCCCUUCCGCAGCCCUCCUUUCAUCGCUUUCGAGUCCUUGCUCUUCACGUCUGCUCCCAUACUCGGUUCUUGCCAUUCUAGCUCGGUGAAGCCAGUCGAAAGUGCUGCCUCUGGACCGAUAGAGGGCGGGGCGAGGGGGGCAACUGUCGGGGAAGGAGAGGGGGAAGGAAGAAGAGGGGCAGACGGGUGCUUCGGGGACGGAGGCAGCAGAUGGCCGAGCAUCGUGAUUCGGUGAGAGGCUUGGUCCGAGCCGAACCCAGACAACCCAGAGGCCGCAGAUGUCUCCCGCUCCUUUGCCUCCGCCUGUGCCUGGCUCCGCUUCUCUUUCAGCUUCUUCAGUUCAGAACUGUCCAUUGUCGCUCUCCUCGCUCUCUUGACAGAUAUCACAGGGAGGUCGCGUGUCUCCCUGUGGUCGACCAAGUGUUUUUUUGAGCCUUUGAGACCUUUCGGCACAUUCGUUGGCCUCAAGACGACCCUCUUGCUGCCCUUCUUGAUCUCGCCAAUCCACUCCGCCGUCUUGGCAGACCUGGACUCCUCGUCUGACCCGGCGAUGCCGGCGAUGCUGGUCGUGAUGAGGAAGGUGCCCUCGGACGGGACAAGAGGAGACAAAUCCCGCUGCCUCUUUCUCUGAGACUGCUUCUUGGCAAUUGCUGGCCCAGUCGCUUGCUGCCCCAUGUCCCGAGCGACCAGCCGGUGGAAUGACGUGGGAGACGGAAGUGGCUCUCGACCAAUAGCGGCUUCACCUUGCUCCUGCCUCAUCUUGUGCCGCACUCCCCUGAGGAUCGACUCGAUGUACGGCUCGAGCACCACAGAUGUGUCGGGAUAGCUGGCACCGUCCUUGUCGAGCGAGUGGAUCCUCAGCAGUGAGAAGUCGUCUGGCGGCUGCUUGAGGAAGGAAGCAGCCAGAGGCGAUGUGGCUGCAGAGGGGAGGGGCGGAGGGGAGGUGUUGGGGGGCUGCAGCGCCGAUGUCAUGUACUCCUCCAUUGCCAAACGGCUCAAACCGAACUCCUGCAAUGCACCCAUCGCCGACCAUUGCGAGCAGAAUCACCGCGCUUUGCCCGACACACAUGGGCGUACCUGUCGAAGGCGAUGAAUGGUUUGUAGGAACGACCGCCCCAUGUCCUCCACCGCUCCUGACAGAUCAGCAUCAGAGUCCAUUCCCCUCUCAACAGGACGCAAUGAAUCAACGGCAAAAUCCACAGCUUCUCAAGUCUUUUUUCGCAGCGAAAUAGUCAUGCUUCAUCAUGCCCUACCAGUCCUCAGCGCCAAAAAUC